AUGGCCUCCUACCAGAUCUCAAGGGUCGCAGACUCUCGGAACAAUGCAUUUACAUCUGGUUUCAUUAGAGCUGUAUCAGUUCCACCAAUCAGUUCAGUAAACCCCGCCAUUAAAUUCGCGUAUAUUAUAGCAGAAUUUCCGGAGGUCACCGGUCUUGACCAAUCAACUCCAGGUAGUAAUAAUGACAUGUGUCACCACAUCGUCACCGAAGGUCCACUCGUAGCGGAGCGUCCAAAACGACUGAAUCAGGACAAGCUCAAAGCAGCGAAAGCCGAAUUUAAACGAUUAGUAGACCUCGGUAUUUGCGAGCCAUCUAAUAGUCCCUGGGCAAGCCCUAUAUACAUGGUACAUAAAAAAGACGGGUCAUGGAGGAUCUGCGGCGACUAUCGCCGUCUCAAUGCAAUUACCGUGCCGGAUAAAUUUCCUGUACCGCAUUUGCAUGAUUGUUCUUUUAUUCUACGCGGCAAGACCGUAUUUUCUAAACUUGAUCUCCGUCAAGCAUACAAUCAGAUUCCUGUCGCGAAAGAGGAUAUUCCAAAAACAUUGGUGAUCACACCCUUUGGGUUAUUCAAGUACAAAUGUAUGACCUAUGGUCUUAGAAAUGCCAGCCAAACAUUCCAGCGAUACAUCUUUCGUGCGCUCGGUGAUCUUGAAUUUGUAUUUGCGUUUAUCGAUGACAUACUUAUAGCGUCCGAGUCGCCUGAGGAGCACGAAAAGCAUUUACGUAUUGUCUUGCAACGUCUCAAAGAAUUUCAUUUGCGUCUCAACACCGAGAAAUGCCAAUUUGACUUGCCUGAUGCAGCCACCAUUCAAGCGCCAUUGAACGAGUAUCUCUGCGAUUCGCGCAAGAAUGAUAAGCGAGUGAUUGCGUGGACAUCGAUAGCCGAAGAGGCGUUCAGUAAAUGUAAGGACGCCCUGGCCAACGCAAUACAAGUGUCCCAUCCAUCUGACUCAGCCGAAACGCGCCUAGUUUGCGACGCGUCCGACUUUGCUAUGGGAGCCGUUCUCGAACAACGUCUCGACGAUUCGUGGAAGCCGCUCACGUUCUUCUCGCGCAAAUUUAGUACGUUCACUACGCGCAUUGAGUAUCUUUCGGGAAGUAACAAUGUAGUCGCCGACUCACUCUCUCGCGUUGAAUCAAUUCGGUUGCUAGUUGAUAUCGAGCUAAACGAGCUCGCGCAGCAACAGGAACUCGAUAGAGAGUUGAAAUCGCUGUUAGAAAACCGAGACCGUCCGCUGUCCUUGAAGCGCAUACAAUGGGGACCGACUCACACCACUCUGUAUUGUGAAAUGACCGGCGAAGCAAUUCGUCCAUUUUCUCGUUGGCCAGUGGCAGUUCCACUCCAAGAUAUCGAAGCCGUCACGGUGGCACAAGCUUUCUAUGAUAAUUGGAUAACCAAUUUCGGAACACCUCAAACUUUAACAACCGAUUAA